AUGGAAACAAAAGCCUUGCUUGUUGCAGCAUGGCUUAUACAGCUGUGCAUGGCAUUUGGGCUAUGCCACGAGAUAGUCGAACAACUACACGACGUGCCGGACGGCUGGUCAAAAGGCAUCAAGCCCAACCCAUCGACACCUGUACGAUUCCGGUUGGAAAUACGCGGGGCAGGCAGUAUCAAUCUAGAGAGACUGGCAAUUGACCUGUCAACUCCGGGCCAUCCAAAUUACGGAAAGCAUAUGAAGCGCGAAGAGGUGGAAGGCCUUUUGCGCCCGAAUUCCGCCGUCUCUGACCAGGUAUUGGCCUGGCUGAGCUCGGAGGGUAUCUCCAACCACACUAUUGACAUAUAUGGCAACUGGAUCAGCUUCAGUGCAACUGUAUUCCAGGCCGAGCAAAUGUUGAAGACGGAGUUUUCCCACUACCGUCAUGAUCCUAGCGGAAAGAGCCUCCUCAGGACUCUUGGAUACUCCUUACCCCACAAGAUACACCCACAUGUGCACCUAAUUCAACCGACAACCCGAUUCGGAACCCCCUAUGCACAUGGAAAAGGGCGACUAUACGCACGCCAUGGAUUACCCGUCGACCAGCCAAUUGUGGCCACCCCGGAAGAUUUGACUGCGGACUGUGGGACCGUGAUGAGGCCGGAUUGUCUUCGAGACUUAUAUGGUCUACACGACACAAGAGCGAAGCCUGAUCCACGGAACCGACUAGGAGUGUCUGGUUUCCUAGAUCAGUAUGCCCGCCAUAGCGAUUUUCAUCACUUCAUGCAACGCUUCUCUCCGGGGGCAUCAGACGCCAACUUCGACGUGGUGACCAUCAAUGGGGGCAUUAACCCAGAAGAUUCUCCGGCCAGCAGUACCGAAGCAAGUCUGGAUAUCCAGUAUGCGGCUGCUUUGGCCUACAACGCUUCAGUCACAUUCUAUUCCACUGGCGACAGAACACCCUCGAUCUCUGACACGGGGCAACCAGUCUUGGAGAGCCCAGAGAAUGAGACAUUUCUUGAUCAACUCCACUAUCUCAUCAGCCUUCCAGACAGUGAGCUCCCAUCGGUUCUCGCCACAUCGUACGGGGAGAUCGAACAGAGUGUGCCCGCAGCGUAUGCGAGAUCAGUGUGCAACUUGUUUGCGCAACUCGGCGCCCGGGGCGUAUCAGUCAUCUAUAGUAGCGGGGACUCCGGCGUUGGAGAGACGUGUCUCAGCAACGAUGGAAAGCGGCGGGUCAAGUUCCAGCCAAUCUUCCCAGCCUCUUGUCCAUUUGUCACUGCAGUUGGAGGAGUAGAAGGGAUCAAUCCCGAGAUCGCUCUUGAUUUCUCCAGUGGCGGCUUCUCCGACCUGUUUCCUCGUCCAAAAUACCAAGACCAGGCAGUGAGCAGUUACUUGGAUCGCUUGGGCGAUCAAUGGCAUGGCUUAUACAAUCGUCAUGGAAGGGCAAUCCCCGACGUCGCCUCCCAAGCGAAGAACUUCAUCAUUCGAGACCACGAGACCUAUUUGAAGAUUAGCGGCACCAGGUUUGUUGCUUCGGUCGAUUGA